AUGGAGAUCGAGCGCUACAGCCACGUCAUGCACAUCAGCAGCACCGUCACCGGCCGCCUCCAAAAGGGCCUGGACUGCUGGGAUGCCCUGCGCGCCGCGCUGCCCGCCGGCACUGUCUCGGGCGCCCCCAAGUCGGGCCACACGCCCUUUGGCGCACGCUGCGCCCCUUUCCCCAUCGCACCCACCUUUUGUCCCUCCCGGCCGGCAAUUGCAAUUGACCUGCCGGCUUGA